AUGGUGUGCACGAUUCUGAAGCGACAUGGCGAAGGAGUGAUAAUAACGAGAUCGCGCACGAAGGUCGUGGAUGAACAGGAAUUGCACCCGACUGAAAAAAACGGCUGGUACCUGCUGCAAACGAAUACUGACUCCUGGAAAGAGCCAUUUUACUUGGACGACCGCAGAACACCUGGAAAGCAGUGCAUGGAAAAGCUGGGCCGCGAAAAUCUGAGUUUUACCGGUAUCCUGCAGGUUUUAUCCUCACCGACGACCCUCAACAAAUUGACUAUUUUCACGUCUAUUAUGGACACUGACUCCGGCGAGAUCCAAACGUUCAUUCAGAAAUGCCCGGAUCCUUGUUGGCCGUGGUGACG